AUGGUAAUAGUGACGAUGAAGUCAAGCGAUGGAAAGUAUGUAUGCACAAAGGAGUUUGAGAAGAGCAGCACGGUGUUUGAUGUAAAGAAGUACAUUCUGUCGCAGAUGCUAGGCAUGCAUAUGUGUGGAGGAAGGGGAAUUGCCAAGAUCUUGUUUGGUGGCAGAGAGGCAGACGAUUCUGUGGCAAUAUGCACCCUGGAUCCGGAUGCACUGGUUGUGGAGUAUGAGUUGCUAGUUGGCAUACGCCAUGAUGCAAGCAGCAUCCAUUCUGCAGCCAAUGAAAGUAAGGACAAGAUGCAAUUUGUGGACGAUGUGCCAACCAGCGACAUGUCGAUCCUGGUUGCUGUGUCUAUUGAGCAGACGCGCAAGAAGAUGCUGGUUGAUCCUGAGGACCUGGUGAUGUUCAAUGGAAAAAUGUAUCUUGUGAAGGAUAGGCGCAAGGUGCUGACCCUGAAGAAUGUUAUUGAUUGUGUGCGCAGAAUUGAGUUUUCGAAGGAGGAUGCCACGAAGCUCCUUAUUUUCUUUGUGCUGCUGAGCACAGGUAACGGGGCGAUUGUGUUUAUUCUGGGAUGCGUGUUUGGACUGGAGAUUGUGAGCAGAAGAUUGUGCUCUGGCUUCAAGGAAGCCUUCAAGACGAUGGAUCAUGGAGGAAGGACGUUCUAUAUGUUCUUUGUGAGCAUGUUUGUAAUUGAUCAUGCAUUGCUGUAG